GCUCCAAAAACCUGAAAUAAAACUUUUCAAUAGGAAGUAAUAUUCUUCAAAUUUUGCCUCUCUCUGAAUUCAGGUACGGAUCAAAGAGCACUUUUUUUGGUAUUGCUGCAGAAGUUCAGCUUCCAUAUUUACGUAACAAGAGUACUUAGAUAUUUUUAAACACUAAAGUAUUUGUAAAUGUGUUUUGGAGUAUUUUGUAGCAGGAAAAUGUUUUAAAAUAUUAAAAUAAACUUUGAGGAGAGAAAAAAAUUUUUUAAAAAGGUUCGUACAACAAACUUUUUACUUCACAAUUUUUUGUUUUACAAGAGAAGCGGUUUUACUUUGGAUGGAUAAAAUUCAAAAUCUUAGAUUUAGUUCCAACCGCGAAAAUUAAUUUAUUAGAAAUUUAAAUCGUUAACUUAAUCUUAAACGCGAUUUUUGACACAGAAAACGAUCUCAGUUAAUGUGUCGAGUAUUUGUUUUAACAACACUCAAAAAAUUAUUUACACUGCUUACUAUGGAAGAAUUUUAUAAAAAAAUUGGCACAGAAAAAUGACGAUUGAGUCCGGCUCUACACACGACUCUACACACGACUCUACACAUGAUUCGAAUCAUUUUUCUAAACCGUCGCUUCUUAUCGCGUCAUCUCAGCCAGUGCGUAAAAUUAGUAGAGAUUCGCUAAGUUCCGAAAAUAGUAAUUCAAGUGGUUGCGAAAGAAAGCCAGCAUCUUUCACCCAGAUUCAAGAUUUAUAUAGUGCUCUUCAUGAUCUUGUGAAAAGUAAUGUUAGAUCAAACGUAAUAGACAGCAGCGACAACACUUCUUCAAUACCUAUAAUCGUUAUGGAGACAAAUGUAACUUCAGAAACUUCGUUUCAAGAAAGUUUAAGCAAAAUUGAAGAAAACAAUUAUGUGAUAAAUUUAAACCCAUCUUUGAAAGACAUUAAAAAUCAAGAGUCUUUAAAUAUCAUAUAUCCUGAAAACACUGAUUCCCAAUCAAAAUCUCUACACAAGAGAGGAUAUUCAUUAGGAACAUUAGGAGAUUUAAAUGAAAAAAAACUUACAAAAAGUCAAAGUAAGUCUCCAUUGUUGCAAAGAAAGCUGUCACACGGUAUAUUACGACGAGAGAAACCAAUUUUUAGAACAUCUUCUAAAUCGAAACAAAACAAAUAUACGGAAGUAUCUUCUUUAACAGAGUGUUCUAAAAAAGAAUCUAGAAGAAAUUGGAAUUUUAAAUGGAGAUUUCGGUCUAAGAGUAGUUUAAGUGAUCCCGAUCAAGAUCAUGGUUCUCAUGAUCGUAAUCAGAAUGAGAAUGAUCAGAAUGAGAAUGAUCAGACGUUUCAACCGAAAGAUAUAAGAAGGUUUUCCGACGGAAGCAUUAGUGAUUUUUUACCUGAUUUUAAGUCAGAAAAAAUGACUUCAAAAAAGUUUAGGCGGAAACAAUCGUUAGAUGUUUGCAAUCUGCGCUCUGUAGAGCUAGAAAAAUUUGACAAUCUUAUAACAUCUUUAUCUUCAACAAAAGAGGUGGAAGUAAAUAUUACAGACACACCUAAUUUUUAUAAAUCUCCUUCAGAAGAGUUAAAUAAACUAGAAUCUUGGUUUGAAAUGGCUGCCGCAGAAGCUUUAAAACAUUCUGAAAACGAGGAGCUCAAUAACUUUGGUUUAAAAAGAAAAAUUAGCUCACAUAGUAGUUCUUCAAAUCAAAGUUUACAAUUUGAUACUAAAAAUGAAAAUUUAAAAGUUGGAUCAUACCUUGGUAUUGUUCGAAGUACUCCAAACUUAUCAACAGGUUCAAAAACAACUAACAUUUUUACACCUGAUUGGAAAUCUCAAGAUGAAGAAAAUGAAUUAUUUACAAAAAUUAAAUUUAGCGCAUCAAAUGGGAACUUUGAAUCUAGUACGCCUAAUAAUAACUUUUUAACUAGCACGCCUCAAAGUAGUUUAAUAGCGGAUACAUCAAACAAUAACCUGUUAACUAAUUUACCUAUUAGUAAAAUAAUAACUGUUACUCCUAGUAGGAAAGUAAUUCGUUCGCAAAUAACGUUUGAAGAAGAGUCGUUACACUUUCCUAAAUCUCCAUUGUUCUAUGUUCCUAAUGAAAACUCCACAUCUGUCAAUCAGCAAAAAGAAUAUCCAAAAAACAAUGAAAACAAUUUUCGAUUUUCUCGCAUAACUGGUUCCGAAAGUGAUGACAAUCACUUUCACAAGAUCUAGUCAACUAAUGAUUAGCUAACAAAUAGUUAAUUGGAUCUAAAUCUAUAGAAAUUCGAAUAUCAUAUUAUUUAAUUUUAUCAAAGUUGAAUAUGUUGUAUGUCUAUUUGCGUGGGUGCGUGUAAUUGAAAAAUACAUAAAAAAUAAACAUUUUAA